AUGCCCUCCGGAAAAGUAUCUAUCUUCUUCACCGGCGCCACUGGAUACAUCGGAGGCUCCAUACUGCAGCGCCUGCUCGCGCGCCCUGAUCGGGAGAACUUCGAGAUCACGGCGCUGGUGCGCAAGCCAGUCUUAGCAAGACGCCUCGAAGCGGAGUUCGGUGUGAAGACCGUCAUCGGAUCUCUUCAGGAUCUCGACAAGCUCGCGACGCUCUCCGAGAAUGCGCAUGUAGUGAUUCAGCUGGCGGACUGCGACGACGUGGACGCUCUCAAGGCCAUCCUCAGUGGCCUCAAGGCGCGGCACGAGAAGACAGGGGACAUACCCCUCCUGAUUCACACCUCCGGAACGGGCGUGAUCACAGACGACGCGCAGGGCGCAUACCUCUCCCCGAAGAUCUACUCCGACCUCGACAUCGCCUCCAUCGAGGCGCUGGCCCCCACCGCGCUCCACCGCCCGGUCGACCUCCUCAUCGUCGAGGCCGACACGGCGGGGUACGUGCGCACGCACAUCAUCCUGCCCUCCAUCGUUUUCGGCAUCGCGACUGGGCCGCUGUUCGACGCGGGCAUCGCGAACCCGCACACGGUGUUCUUCCCGCUGCUCAUACGCGCUGCGCUGAAGGCCGGGAACGUUGGUGUCUUGGGCACCGGAGCGCCCAUUUGGAACUGUGUGCAUGUCGACGACCAGGCGGACAUGUACGUUCUGAUGUUGGACGCGCUCCUGAACAGCCCGGAGAAGGUCUCGCACGGGCGCGAGGGGUUCUUCUUUGGAGAAAACGGCGAGCUCGUCACUGGCGAGAUCGUCAAGGCCAUCGCCAAGGCGCUCUUCUCUCUAGGACGCAUCAGUUCCCCGGAGCUGGUGCAACAAUCACCAGAAGAACUUGGGAAGUUAUACGGCAGCGAGAUGCUUGUACGUGCCUUCUUCGCGAACUCGCGGAGCAAGGCGGAGCGGGCGCGUCGCGAGUUUGGAUGGGCGCCGACGCAUACGGCAGAGGACUUCUAUGAAGGGAUCGGGCACGAGGUGGAGGUACUUGUUAAGAGAGAAGAGGCGAAGAAAUAG